UUCAAGUCUGCUGGCGAAUCAAACAGUUACCAGUCUUCAGGCAAACCAAACGGUGGUUGGCCCUCCGAAAAUUACGAAACUUUCUGUCAUUCCAGUAAAAUAGUGCACUUUGACCCACAGACGCAAUGAGUGGUGGCAAAAGUGGAGGGGAAGUGCUGCUCGUUACCGGCGGCAGUGGAUUUCUGGGUCAGCACCUCAUCAAGCAGCUGCUGGAGCGUCGCGAGGAGUUGGGCAUCAAGGAGAUACGUACAUUGGACAUUGUGCCCUACAAAAACAACAUUGGGCAUGAGGAAACGCCUAUUCUGCGCACCUUUGUUGGUGAUAUCGGAGGCGAUCGGGAUGCACUCAGUCCAAUCUUCGCCGGUGUGGAUGGCGUCUUCCAUUGUGCCGCCUCGGUGAAAAUCGAGUAUCCGCCCAACUAUGAGGAACUGGAGCGAGUAAAUGUGAACGGCACCUUGUCUGUGGUAGAUCUGUGCAUCCAAAACAAUGUAAAGCGAUUGCUCUACACCAGCUGCACCUCCGUUUGCUUUGUGCCCUUCAAAGGACGCAGUACCUUCUCGGCAGUUAUCAACUCGACGGAAUCCAAAACGGAUACGCCCACUCUGGACAGCUCUACUCUUUGGGAACAGGAUGGCGAAUUCCUCAUAGCUGGAUAUGCAUCCAGCAAGCUAAGGGCAGAGAAUAUUGUGCUCAACUCUAAUGGAGCUCCACUGCAGAACCAGCAAGAUUAUUUGGCCACUAGUGCCAUUCGUGCCCCUCUGACCUACGGCGAAUGCGACUCCCACUUCAUCACGGAUAUUUUCGAGUAUCUUUCCACCCGGGGAUGGGUCUUCCCAAGGAUUGCUGGUGUCGGAGGCAAACAGCAGCUGGUCUAUGCCGGGAACGUUGCCUGGGGACACAUUUGUGCCUAUAAAGCGCUCAAAGUAUCCGAUAAGGCGGUUAAUGGCCUUCCAGUCUUCGUUACCGAUGAUACGGGCAUCAACGAUGUGUCCAGAUUUAUACAGAAGAUGGCCCUGUUGGGCGAGCGUUUCAAGGUGAAGACCAGCUGGUGGUAUAUUCCCCACUUCCUGUACUUCUUCCUGGCCUUCCUUCUGGAGGUGGUGGUGAGGAUUUUGUAUCCGUACACCAAGUACCGCCUGCGCUACUCCCCCCGGGCUAUCGCCUCCUAUACGUCCUCGAUGUUGAUGUACAACCGCCUGAGAGCCUCCAUCCACAUGGACUACAUGCCACUCUACGAUCCGGAUACGAGUGCCGAACGGAGCGCCAAAUGGUACGCCAAGUGGUGGGACGAGCGACAGAACUCCAGAAGGCAGAAGAAGUCCAGCUGAGUGGAGUGGCGCUAAUCCGGCAUUACGCCCUUGAACGUGUAGUCUAGUGUACGUCUCGAUGUCGUAAGUGGAUUUGUGUUUACUGCCCCGCUUGAUGUCUUGUAAAUAUCCUGUUAAAUAAAAUGGUUGUUGUUCGUUGA